AUGACUGACAAUUAUAAAGGUUGGCACGAGCAGUUGCCUUAUGCUUUACUGGGAUACCGAACUACGGCCCGAACUUCAACAGGAGCAACUCCAUACCUGCUGGUCUAUGGAACUGAAGCAGUCAUACCUGGUAAAGUUAAGAUACCUUCUCUGAGAAUCAUUCAAAAAGCAGAAUUAGACAAUGCUGAAUGGGUCCGAGCUCGAUAUAAGCAAUUGGCUCUAAUUGACGAGAAAAAGAUGAUUGUCGUAUAUCACGGUCAGUUGUGCCGACAGAGGAUGGCAAGAGCCUUCAACAAGCGAGUCAGGACUAGACUCUUCCAUAUUGGGCAAAUGGUGCUCAAAAGAAUUUUUCCACAUCAAGAUGAAUACAAAGGGAAGUUCGCUCCAAAUUGGCAAGGUCCUUAUGUGGUCCGUAAAGUACUCUCGAGAGGAGCGGUAGUAUUGGCAGAAAUGGACGGACAAGAUCGGCCAAAGCCAAUCAACUCAGAUGCAAUCAGGCGCUACUAUGUGUGA